GUACAGGACCAUGUUGUUUUGGCGGCAGCCAUUGCUGCGUUGUAUACAAUUGAUGGAAACCUUGUGUUUACUCCUGGUGAGCUGGUCACCGGCGGACUCUACGUCGCGGUAGAACGAGGAAAACCUUUUAAGCGUGAAAAUUACGGUGGAAGUACCUCCGUGUCGAGAAGCCCUCGGGCGGCAUUUUUACCCCCAAUCGGCAACGGACAGUUGAUACAAACUGGGUCGCAUCGUUUGACGAAAAAACAUGGAACUAGAAAAAAACGGCAAAAAACGAAAGCUAAUGGUGAAAGCAAAACCAACGGACAAUCAAGUGAUCAAUCAUUUGAUACGAACGUCAUGUCCGUUACAUCUCCCAAUGACACUAAUCCAAACUCUUCCCCACACCCUCGAAUCUCUCAUGCUCUGCUCCGCGCGAGUGUAUCUCAGGACCUUGAGAGCGUGAAUAAUUUCACGAUAUCGUCUUCACCACCUAGAUGGCUAGAAGACGACUCACCUAUACCCGAAGACACAUCCUUAGAAAACUUAGAAAAGACAGAUAAUGACAAAGACGAAGGCUUCAGGGUCGGGAGCGUGUUCAAGGCGAGCGGUAUGCUACAAGAGGAAGCGAAUGAAAUAAAGGAUAUGCGCCAGACGAAGAAAAAGAAAACGCUUGAUUCACUUCCGGCGGAAGAAGUUAUGGAGGAAGUGGUUGAGCAAAUUGAAAACACUGGGGAGACAAUUUCUGACAAAAGUCCCCGUAGGGGUGAUCAAAGUAAUGACGAAGGUGAAAAACACCUUGAAAUCACAGAUGAUUCCAACGUUGAACAAUUUGUUGGUGAAGUGAUUCAGAGUCAGAUACAGGUUUUGCAAGAUAAUGCUCCUAGAGAUGAAUUUAAUUCGAAAUCUGAAGCUGAGUCUACUAACAAGAACACGAGUUCUGGCAAACCGCGAAAAAAGAAAAACCAAGAAAAGGACGAUAGGUCUUCAUUAAAGUCUAAAGCUCGUAACAACAGAGGCAGCAGAGCAAGCCAUGACGCAACACCGAGCAAAACAAAGAAGUAAUGUAGCAUGAUGUUGACGGAGACGAAUGGUAUAAAAAUAAGAGCCAGGGUUACUCCUGCAGAAAAAUUAGCCUCAUCACCAAUUCUGAAAAAUUUGAUGAAGAUAUUGAGGGAACUAAAGAACGGGUUAAAUCCAAUGAGGAUCGAAGAAAUGCUUCAAUGGGUAUCGAAAAAAAAUUCAGAUCACAAAAGAUGCAGAGAGUUCAUGAUUCAAUAGGCCAGCUCCGAGUUCCAAAACUGCCACUUUCAAAACGAGCAUAAGUGCCAAACCUUUCUUGUGAAAUGAGUUUUAUUUCCACGAGAAUAAAAAACUGUUUUGGUAUCAAUGGCUUUGCACUUUGCCUCGCUUUCAAACAGAGGUUUGAGGUAACU